AUGGCCGCUUUGAAAAAUUUGGUUACAGCUGCUGUUCAAGAUUUAGUUUCAUCGAAGAAAAAUUCUAUAUCAUCAAAUAAAUGUGUUACUGCUGUUUUAAUUGGAGAAACUGGUUCUGGAAAAUCAUCAUUAAUUAAUCUUUUUUAUUUUUGGUGUUUAGAAUCAACAGGAAAAAAUCCAAAAUUUGAAGAUGCAAAAAUUCAUAAUAUUAUUAAAUCUGAAAAUGAAACAGGUGGUAGUCAAGCUGGUUCACAAACACUAAAACCACAACAAUAUAAAUUUGAAUUAAAUUUUAAUGGUGAAAAUUAUUUAUUUACUUUAUUGGAUACACCUGGUAUGGGUGAUGUAAAAGGUUUGAAAACCGAUGAUGAAAAUAUUCUUUCUAUAUUACAAUUUGUUGAACAAACACCAUCAGUAAAUGCUAUUGUUUUAAUGUUAAAUGGUAGUAAUGCACGUGUUAGUUCAAGAACAUCAUAUAUACUUCAACGUUUAUAUGGUCUUUGUCCAAAAACAUUUCAAAAUAAUCUUUAUUUAAUAUUUUCAAAUACACAAAUGGAACCAAAUUUUGAUAUAAAUCAAAUUCGAGUUCCAAUUAAAAAAGAUAAUGUUAUACCAAUUGAUAAUUUACUUUAUUCACCAGCUGGAUUUCAAUAUGCUGAAAAAACUUUAUUACAAAAACGAAAAAUUGAAAGUAAUUAUAAAGAAAAUAAAGAAAUACUUAGUAUGUUAUUUGAUCAAUGGGUAAAAGGUGGUUCAUUAUUACCAAAAGCAUAUAAAGAUUUACGUGAAAAUCGUGAUACUUUACGAGUUAAAUUCAAGUUCAAAAUGAAAAACAAGAAUUAA